AUGUUUCGGUGGCUAUUGAAGCCGAAAUUCUAUUCAAAAUGCAUAUCGUACACUAAGUGUAUAAAGACACGGCUAGAGACUAUACAGAAGAAGAGGAGAGCAGUGCAGAAGUUUAUGAAGAGUGACAUCUCCGAGCUUCUUAGGAGUGGCCUUGACUAUGAUGCAUAUAAAAAGGCUGAAGGACUUCUGUACGAACAAAACAUGUCAUCCUGCUAUGAACUCAUUGCAAAGUUUAAUGGAUGCAUAUCGGAUCAUGUUGAAGACCUAACUAAACAGAGUGACUGCCCUGACGAAUGCAAGGAAGCUGUACCUUCAUUGAUGUAUGCUGCGGCAAGAUUUGCUGAUCUGCCAGAAUUGCGUGACCUCAGAACUUUGUUUACCGAGAAAUUUGAAAAUUCUCUUGAACAUUAUACGAGUAAAGAGUUUGUUGAGAAGUUGAGGCGAGAUCCUCCUACUAGAGAAAUGAAGAUUCGAUUAUUAUAUGAUAUAGCACAAGAGUUCUCUAUAGAGUGGGAUGGCAAGGAUUUGGAACAAAGACUUUAUUCGCAGCCAUCAUUACGUGAAGAGAGGCCUAAGCUUGAUAAAACAGACAAUCUGCUCACUGGGGGAGAACACAAAGAUGGAAGAGAGUACAAUAAAUCAAAAGGAAAGGAAAGAGAGACCCUAUCUCAUUUCAAUGAUGACUCAUUGAGGCACCAAAACAGUAGUGAUGAUGAAACAAGUACAGACAUGUCAUCCCAUCAUGACCGAAAGACUAGUUCAAGUUCCUUGGGAAGUGUAUCUGAGGAUGAACCCGAAGUUAAGAGGCCAUUUUCCUAUUGGCAUGUUCCACCUCCUUAUCUCAAACAAAAAACUAACAAUUUAAAGAAAACAACAGUUUCUGAAGCUCUGCCGAAAAAGGAAUCAAACCAUUAUCUUCAUGAACCGGUUGUUCAAGAAAAUCCAAUACCAAGAUCAGUAAGGAGACAUGUCAGAGGAGCAUCUCUUCCUACUGAAUCCACAAAUGCAGGGGAAACAUCAAAGGGGCAUACACGAGCAAUUUCCUUAGAGCGUGUCCAUCCUAAUCUACCCGAUUAUGAUGAUUUGGCAGCUCUUUUUGCAGCUCUCAGAGGGAGAUAGUAGAAAACGCCUUGACAAGCACCACAACUUUCUCUUUCUCGUUAUUGUUUCAUUAUUCUUUUAUGUUGACACCAAUGUCAUACGGUCUCAGCAUCUAAUAUCUAUAGACAUGUCACCUAGGUUCUUUAAUCCAUGUC